AUGGCCGCCGGACCACGCGGGUGUCCGCCAUCUUGUCUCAGCAAGAUCGUUGCCUGUCAUUUCACUAGGGGGAGGCGCGUCUCAGUUUCUUACACACUUUACACGACCCAAGCGAUUGCGAGAGAAACAAAGAUGGCUAGUCUAAAUCUCGCCUGGGCCUCUCCGCCACAAUUCAUUGACUAUACUCUAUUUGCAAGUACCCUCGAAGGCAAUAUCCAAUCGACUGACUUUAAAUCAACGUUCGUCAAGACAAAAGAUAGAGAUAGAGAGUUAACGACUGUUCAAACAUUUUUACAAUUAAUAUGUCUCUACAUCAAAUGUCUAUAG